AUGGCCUCCGCACUCUUCUUCCUCGACCUAAAGGGCAAGACCCUCCUCGCUCGGAAUUAUCGAGGUGAUAUUCCCAUGUCCGCCGUGGAGAAGUUCCCAAUCCUGCUAUCAGAAGCCGAAGAGGAAUCAUCUGCCGUUCCUCCUUGUUUCUCCGACGAAGGCAUCAAUUAUCUCUUCAUCCGACAUAAUAAUCUCUACCUCCUGGCUUUGACAAAACGAAACACAAAUGCUGCGGAGAUCCUCCUUUUCCUUCACAAGAUUGUGGAAGUCUUUACCGAAUAUUUCAAAGAAUUGGAAGAAGAAUCGAUACGGGACAACUUCGUCAUUAUAUACGAGCUACUGGAUGAGAUGAUGGACUUUGGCUAUCCCCAGACAACUGAAUCCAAAAUUCUCCAAGAAUACAUCACCCAAGAAUCACACAAACUCGAAGUGCAGGCCCGACCUCCCAUUGCAGUCACCAAUGCCGUAUCGUGGCGAAGUGAAGGAAUUAGGUAUCGCAAGAAUGAGGUCUUCCUGGACGUGAUAGAGUCUCUCAAUCUUCUGGUAUCCUCAACAGGCAACGUAUUACGCUCCGAAAUUCUAGGGGCCAUCAAAAUGAAAUGCUAUCUCUCUGGAAUGCCGGAACUCCGACUCGGUUUGAACGACAAAGUCAUGUUCGAAACAACAGGACGGGCGACUCGAGGGAAGGCGGUGGAGAUGGAAGACGUCAAAUUCCACCAAUGUGUGAGGCUGUCACGUUUCGAAAAUGACCGAACCAUCAGUUUUAUCCCACCUGACGGAGAAUUUGAACUCAUGAGCUAUAGGCUAAAUACUGCUGUUAAGCCAUUGAUUUGGGUCGAGGCUGUGGUGGAGUCACACUCAGGCUCAAGGAUGGAAUAUAUGGUCAAAGCCCGGGCACAAUUCAAACGAAGAUCAACUGCCAACAAUGUUGAAAUCAUCAUACCCGUACCUGACGAUGCAGACACACCAAGAUUCAGGACAAAUGUCGGCUCAGUACAUUAUGCACCAGAGAAGUCGGCGAUCGUUUGGAAGAUUAAGCAGUUUGGUGGAUCAAAAGAAUUCCUUAUGCGGGCAGAACUUGGCUUACCCAGCGUGAAAGGUGACGAUGAGCGCGGUGGCGGGAUGACCGGUGGCUUCGGCGGCAGUAUGGGUGGCAUUGCCGGAGAAGGCAAGUCAAAACGACCUAUCAACGUCAAGUUUGAGAUCCCCUAUUUCACGACUAGUGGUAUUCAGGUCCGGUAUUUGAAGAUCAUAGAACCAAAGCUUCAAUACCCCUCGCUGCCUUGGGUCCGAUAUAUCACGCAGUCGGGCGAUAUUGCAGUUAGAUUACCGGAUGUACAGAAUUAG